GACCUCUGCUGGCUGCAGCUCGAUGAGUUCAGGAUGCUGCUCAUCAAAACCAUCGAACCUUCAAGAAUCACUCCCUACCUUCGCCAGUGUCAGGUACCGCAGCACCUUGUCCUACUGCAGCUACACCUCCCCUUCCUCCUGCAUUCACCCUCUACCUCUGUCAGGUGAUCAGUGUUGAGGAUGAGGAACAGCUCUUCAAUGACCCUACCCUCGUCAUCAGAAGGAGAAAAGUCGGUAAGAAACAUAAAGCUCAGAUCUGAUCACUGGCUUCAUGCAGGGCACAAAGCCUGAAUCAGAAACAGGUGAAGACCCAGAAUCCAGGACAGCGGGGUUUUAUGUAGACUUUUACUCACACAUCCAGCGUUGUCCUCUUGAGUGACGGCCCAGAAUCAAAUCAUGACAUCUGAAUCCCUACAGUCUGCUGGAUCUUUAACCUACUUACAGCAGGAGUGGUGUCCCCUCUCUUCCUGGUCGUGCUCUGCACUCAGGCAGCACAGCUCUGAACCAGCUGUCACUGCUUUCGAACUGGUAAAAAUCAGUUGUGGUGCAAACCCCACAUGAGCCCAGAUCUAAGUCCAGGAUAAGCCCCAGGUUUCUGGUCUGUUGGUCCCGGCUCAGUGCUGGAGGAUGUAGUUCAGUGGCCCAUUUCUCUGUCUGAGCCUUUGACAGUGUAUUUAAAAUGUCUUAUUAUGACGAUGCCAGGUCAAACCCGAGCCACUAAGGUCAGGUUGCAGUAACCUCAAAGCCAUUCAGGUCUCUGCUGACUGUUUGACCCUUGACCUUUGCUGUGACCACCAUCAUAGGAGCCCUGCUGGACAUCCUGCAGAGGACAGGGGUCAAAGGUUACACGGCCUUCCUGGAAAGUCUGGAGCUAGAUUAUCCUCAGCUGUACAGUCGGAUCACGGGGAAGGAGCCCAACAAGACCUUCAGCAUCCUCGUCGGUCUGUCCACCUGUUUACCUGGCUAUGUUAAUCUGUUUAUCUCCUUGUCUACAUGCUUACCUGCUCAUUUGAUUAAAAAUUGAUUAUAGGUUGACUGUGUGCCGAUUUCCCAUCAAUAAUCCACCUGCUAUAAUGUGUAUGUGUUCAGACACCGCAGGAGAAUCUGGUCUGACUCAGUUCUUGAUGUCAGAGCUCAGUCGCCUGCAGAGGGCACUGCAGGAUGAGAGGAGACGCCGCCAACAGGCCUGCACGGUUGCCAAGGAACAGGAGGCAUGGUCUCAGCAGCAGCAGCUGAAAGAUCAUGAGCUGAGGAAGCUCACUGAGCGUGUGCAGAAGUUUCGUGAUGAGCGGGAGCGGCUGAGUGAGGAGUUGAAGCAGCUCAGAGAUCACAACUACAGUCUGAUGGCUGACAUCAACACUCUGAGCCAGGAGAAGAGCAAAGCCCUAUUAGCCAACAAAGACCUGCAGAUAGAGGUGGAGCGCCUGAAGCAUACGGUGCUGCGAGCCGAAAGUGAGACGCAACUGCUGAGACAACUGCGGCAGAGCAGGAAUCAGGCUCCGCCCACAGACCCCUUCUUCCACCCCAACAGACUGGAGGAGCAGAAAGAGGACAAGCAGGAGGACAAGCAGGAGGAGAAACAGGAGGAGAAGCAGGAGGAGAAACAGGAGGAGAAACAGGAAGAGAAGCAGGAGGGGAGGCAGAGGGAGAGAUUAGCUCCUCAUCAGAUGAACCUCCUCGCUACAGUGUUCAGACUGAGGAGAGAACUCCACAGAGCAGAGGAGCAGAGAGCCAGGAUUCUGGAGGAGAAGGAGCAGCUGGGGAUGCGCUGCGUUCAGCUGAAGGGAGAUGCCAGGAUGUACCGCCAGCGAAACAAACAAACCCUCAAACAGCUGGAGGAGGUGAUCAGAGAGAGAGACAAGGCCCUGGCGUUGCAGGCGGAGAAGCAGGAGGAGGUGCGGCUACUGCUGCAGGAGAAGGAUCAAUAUAGGGAGCAGGUCAGGCAGCUCACAGAGCAAUCUGAUAGGCUGGAGCUCCUCCUGCUGAGGUCACAAGGGGAGGAGCUCCAGCUGAGGACACGCCUCCGCAGACUCACCUGCAACACUCACCAGGGUGAGAGGAGUGUGAGCAGUGAGGAAGAGAAGCCAACAGAGAACGCUGGGAAAGGCAGCAGUGAGGAGGUUCGCAGCGGGACGUCAGGGGAGAAUGAGGAGGUGGCAGCAUUGCAGCAGGACAGCUGUCCUCAGGGAGGCGCCACAGAGUCCAAGCAGAAGUCCGGAACUACUGCAUCAUGGGAGGAGCAGAAAGGCAGCUGUGUGUUGUCCAGAACUCGUCCAAACUUCUUGUACCGCAGGAAGCGGGCCCUCAGGUCAAAGUUCAUCUGUAAGGACUACACAGCAUGUGACCUUGACGACAGCAGUGGCAGUGACAUCACCGACUCUGACUAAACACAUCUGAGGUCACAUGAUCCGAGUUAUUUACAUUUUGUUUUCAGAGCUAUUUUCUGUUUGACCUUUUAUUCAGAGACUGAUUUUAACUCACUGUCAUCUCAGCUGAAGUCACAUGAUGUUGUGUUGCUCUCCUCCUGUCAGGUGUCAGUUUUCACCGGUGUCGUUCUAUAUCAUACGUGUUGCUAGCUAUCACUGUUUUCAGGCUGAAUUUACAGCGUACCUGCUGAGUUGUGCAGGACCACAACCUCACCAACAAGUGAUGAAAAAGGGGAAACUGAGACUGAAUCAUAGUUUUGAGAUAAGUCAAACUCUUAACAAUGUCAUGAUCCCAUUAGUCUCAGGUUUUUCUGGCUAUAUAUAAUUUUGACCAUUCAGGUUCCUGAUUUGGCUCCAUUCAGCCUGGACUGUGUCUCUGAUGGGGGUGUGGUGAUUGUACCAUCAGCUGCUCUGCUCCCCGAUUUAAACCCAGGAAGAGUUUCAGACAGCAGUGAAACCCCUCCAUGGAGUUAAAGUGGAUCUCUGAGGCUGUUUCCUUCUGUUGCAUUUUAUCAGUGUAAAGUUUGACUGUUGUGUCAAAAUAGGGGAAGUCAAAAAUGCUAACAGGAACAACAGGCCUGUUUAUGAACCAGCUGUUCUCUGACCCCUGUAUCAGUCCACAUGUAGUCACAGACUGGGCGAUGAGCUUCUCCUGUGUGCACUGUCCCCGUCGGUGUAAAUUGUCCCUGGAUCACUGGGAGCCUGAAGGAAAAAACGGCAGGAUUCUCAGGCAGCCUCUCCUCCUCUGGGUUCUCAGUGGGUUUGUUCUGGAGGGACAUUAGAGCUAAUGAGAUCCCCGGAGGUGGACGUCACACCAACGUGUGCCUCAUGUCUGUGAGUUCACAUCACAGAGUCAGGACUUUGAGGAGGACAACGACCAGUUCUGACUCUAAUUCACCUCACUCAGUGUCUUUACCUUCCCUCAGCUCUGCAGUGCCCCCCCACGGGAACACGUUAGUCUUUGUCCUGCUUUAGGUGCAGGCCUGUUACAGAGCAGAUCCUGUCAUUUCACCUGGUUUCAAACAUCCAGACGUAGGAGUUCAAUACCCACUUCCCAGUGUGAUGUUUGUCUUGUGUGAUUGAAGUUUUAGUCUCUCACUGUUGAUCAUUUAUUACUAUGAUCCUUUUCUUUGUUUGCAUGUGGAGUUUUGUGGAGCGCUCUGGCUCAUAUGGUAGAAGAAAUACUGGUGUGGACUAAAUAAAUAAAUACAUUUAGCACAUGCUUUGGGGGAAAUUUUAACUUUAGCCUUCCCUGUUAUGGAUGUGGCAUUCAGAAUUAAAUGCCGAGAAUAAUAAUUAUUAAAGUAAUUGAAGUGAAUAAAAUUGAGCAGCCAUAUCUGCCAGAUGACAGCAAUGACUAAUAACUGCUGUCAGAAAAACAAUAUGACAGGAGGGGAUGUGUUCUAAUAGAUAAUUUUUCUGAAAGAUUAAUCUAUAUUGUCAUUCAGUGAUAGGCCUGUAAAUAGCAUUACACUACUGAAUCCCUCUCCCCAACGCUUUUAUUCUUGUUUGUCUUUCAGUCACGCCUGGGGGCUCAGUAUAACCAGCUACAUGUCUGUGCUUACCUGUAUAUGAAUUACCACAGAAUAAACUCCUGUUAAAAGCCUGUUUUCUGUAGGAAACCCAUCUGU